AUGGCUCCCAAGAUAUCUAUUGUUCUAGGCCCGGUGGACCACUGCAAGUUCGAAUCAAAGCUUGACGAUAAGGGCGCCUAUGUUGUUACAAAGAAGGACGAUUGCGGCAAAGAGGAGUGUCCCACCUCUGACAAUUACAAGCCCAAUUUCGGCGUCAAGGUUGUGGGAAAUAGUUGGCUCAAUUCUUUCUUGGCCACCCAAACUGAUCUUUGUGCUGAUGAGCGCUUCUCCCAAAAGGCUGUUUUUUUAGGAGCCUACUCGCGUCUUUUCUACCCCGAGAUCCAGCCCCAAGUUAAGCCUGAUGAGUUAAUAGCCAGCCAGCGGAUGCGGUGA